CUGCGGCGGAAGUGGCGUAAAGCCCAGGGCUAUUUCCGGUAUUGCCACUGCAGCCGGAGUCGCCGCCCGGGAUGUAGGGGCCGUGUGAAUGUUCAAGAACACAGAAGCUCAAGACCCUUUGUGUGUUGACCAGAUGUCGUCCUGCAAAGGGUCAGCAACCAGCCAAGGAAAUGGACUUUCCAAUAGCAGCCGAGAAGGAGACGAUUUGGAGCUGGCAGAACUGGGGCCGCUGCUAGAGGAGAAGGGAGACCAGGGAGCUGCCAGCUCAGCCAGCGUAAGCCACAAUCCAACGGAGUGCCCCCAAGCAGGGCAGCUGCUGGGAUCUGCAAACCAAACCCAUUCGGCCAAGGAGCAGCCAUGCACAGCGCCGCAGGAGGAGGAGGAGGAGGAGGUGGUUCGCGUGCUGACUCUACCUCUGCAGGCUCAUCACGCUAUGGAAAAGAUGGAGGAAUUUGUGUAUAAGGUGUGGGAAGGGCGCUGGAGGGUGAUUCCCUAUGAUGUGCUCCCGGACUGGCUGAAGGAUAACGAUUACCUCCUGCAUGGACACAGACCCCCUAUGCCGUCCUUCAGAGCCUGCUUCAAGAGCAUCUUCCGAAUACACACCGAGACGGGCAACAUCUGGACUCACUUACUAGGUUUUGUGUUGUUCCUCUUCUUGGGGAUUCUGACCAUGCUCAGGCCCAACAUGUACUUCAUGGCCCCUCUUCAGGAGAAGGUGGUGUUCGGGAUGUUCUUCCUUGGAGCAGUGCUAUGCCUCAGCUUUUCCUGGCUUUUCCACACCGUCUACUGUCACUCGGAGAAGGUCUCCCGGACGUUUUCAAAAUUGGAUUACUCAGGAAUAGCACUGCUGAUUAUGGGGAGCUUUGUCCCCUGGCUCUAUUACUCGUUCUACUGCUCACCGCAGCCUCGGCUCAUCUACCUCUCCAUUGUCUGUGUCCUGGGCAUCUCCGCAAUCAUUGUCGCUCAGUGGGACCGGUUUGCAACCCCCAAGCACAGACAGACCAGAGCAGGGGUAUUUUUGGGGCUGGGGCUGAGUGGCGUUGUGCCCACCAUGCACUUCACCAUCGCUGAAGGGUUUGUGAAAGCCACGACCGUGGGCCAGAUGGGCUGGUUCUUCCUCAUGGCUGUGAUGUACAUAACAGGAGCAGGGCUGUACGCUGCCCGCAUCCCAGAGCGCUUCUUUCCUGGCAAGUUUGACAUCUGGUUCCAGUCGCAUCAGAUCUUCCACGUGCUGGUGGUGGCUGCAGCCUUUGUCCACUUCUAUGGAGUCUCAAACUUGCAAGAAUUUCGCUAUGGACUCGAAGGGGGAUGCACGGACGACUCUCUGCUCUGAGAACAUCUAAUGACUUUAGUACCAGCUUCCUAAGUGCUUUUUUAAACUACUUCUUUGCUAAAAUCAAAGGAAGACUCUCAACUC